GACAGAUGCACAUAAGUUACUCGGAGGCUACACUUGGCCAGUGAGUCAAAUCUACCAUGUUGGGCAACGGCCACGUCGUGCAGAGAUGCGCGCGUGCCCCCGCGCCUCUCCUUCAGUGCAAGGCCAUCCAUCCUACAACGUUUCCAGAAACCGCCACCAGAUCUUUACUACCUUUGCCGAAUACGACGAGAACUAUAUCCGUUUCCUCAAUGAUGAUCCAUUCCCGGCCGGGGCUCCCCGCCCGUUCUUGAAGAUGCACGAAUUCGGUCCUUGGGAGACAACCAACCGGACAGAUAUGAAGCAAGUUGGGAGCAUUCUGCUGGCCAUCGCGCUGCGCGCUCAUGCGGAUGCCCAGUAGAGCGGCCUAUCUCAUAGUGGGGAGAAUUCUGACAGUGAGAUUGAACGUGGAUGGGCGUGCUUGUCCGGGUGUCAUGUGGAGGUUAGGGAUGUGGACGGAGCCUACAGCGAGG